CGGGCCCGGCGAACUGAAGGCCACCGCCGGCUGCCUGGUUCCUGCCCGCUUUCGUUCGCUGCGUCGUUUGCGCUUGGUCCUUUUCUUAGGGUUACUCUCUUGUUACCAAAUCAUGCCAAAUUGCUCGCCACUUGUUCGGAAUUCUUCUCGCAAGUGAUUGCGUGGGGAGGUUUGAUGAUCGGGGUCAUUGUGAUGAUCGGGAUGUGAGAGUGCGCUGCGUGCCUAUGUCGGUAUAGCUAGGUAGUGGUGGUGUGCUGUCGACGAUGGAGUUUGUGGUUUGUAGUUAUCGUCACGGGGAUGAUUGUUCUCGGUGGCGGUGGCGGUGCUAGUGGGUGAGGUGGUGAGAGCAUUGAGGGCUUCGCUCGUGGAGCGUUGGGAAGUUUUCAGCCGGAGAGGUUCAGGAUUGUUGGGGCUGUAUGAUCUUGGAAUGAGACAGGAAUCAGGAUAGGUCGAAGGAGCGCAGGAUGAACGUCUCUUUUGGAGUUCUUAGUCGUGCUUCGCGUUUCGUUGGGAAUAAUUGAUCGGUGUUUGGCGCCCUUGUAGCCUACCAGCUGCAGGGACUCUGUGGUUUUACUGUUGCGCUGUUUCACCGUUUUUUCUUUUUCUUUUUCGGUCGUCUUCGCACAGAAGGAUUAGGCGAGAGGUGGAGGGAUUAUGUGAGUGUGGAACGGCUAGACAUAUCCGUGGCGAGAGGAAAUGGUGUCGCAGGUGUUGAAGACGGAUCCGCAUUGGCCUCCUUUGGAAGAAAGUAUGGGACAGGAACGGUAUGCAUUAAAUACUGACGUCAUACCGUCGUCUGCUGUUCCAGGUAGUCUUAACUCGUCGGUGCCCCAGCCUAUGGAUGUCUUGCAGAGUACUGCGCCCCCGCCUUUUCUUACUAAGACGUAUGACAUGGUGGAUGAUCCCGCCACUGAUCCCGUGGUCUCUUGGAGUGCCGGCAACAAUAGCUUUAUAGUAUGGAACCCUCCUGAUUUCGCUCAAGAGCUUUUGCCGAAAUAUUUUAAGCACAACAACUUUUCCAGCUUCGUUCGGCAACUUAACACUUACGGAUUCCGUAAGGUCGAUCCGGAUCGUUGGGAGUUUGCUAAUGAGGGCUUCCUGCGCGGUAGGCGAGAUCUUCUACGAAGUAUCCAUCGGCGCAAACCCGCAACACAUUCCCAGCAAUCAGUACAACAACAACAACAACAACAGCAUCAGCAAAGCGAGCAGGGCCCUGUAGGACCCUGUGUAGAAGUUGGAAAGUUUGGGCUUGAAGGAGAAAUUGAAAGGCUAAAGAGGGAUAAAAACGUAUUGAUGAUGGAAUUGGUACGUCUGAGACAACAGCAGCAGAAUACAGAACGAGACUUGCAGGCAAUGGGCCAACGCCUGCUAACCACCGAGAAUCGGCAGCAACAUAUGAUGUCUUUUCUUGCCAAAGCCAUGCAGAAUCCAAGUUUUUUGGCUCAACUUAUGCAACAAUCUGAGAACAAGAGACUCGCAGCAACUGUACGAAAAAAACGACGACUUCCUAAACAAGAUUCUAGUGGAGAUGAUUCAGCUAACUCGGAUUCCCCAGCUGAUAACCAAAUAGUGGCUUUUCAUUCCAACGGAAACGCUGAUAGUAAUGGAGCUCGGGCCAUGAUUAUGCAAUUUUUUAAUUCAACAGAUGCUGCAUCGUCACCUAGUCUUGACAGUGGUCCCCUUGAGGCUUUGUUUAGGGAUCUAGGCUCCGCUCCUUCCGGUACAGACGUAGGUACACUCGCGAGCCGACAAUCAGGUGUGACACUCACUGAAAUGAAUAUACCAGGGCUUGGUGAUUCUUUACCUGGACCUGUUGUCAUGGAUGCUUCAACCGAAAUUUCUGACAUGCACAUACCCUCGCCUUUGUCAAAUCGAAUUCCAAGAUUAGAAGGUGCCUUAAGUAUGGACAAUGGGAGUAAUCACUCUAGUGGAGAAAUCAAGCCUGAUGGUCUUUCUGGAGAAUCUAUGGAAUUUAAUGCUGAUGGAGGCAGAGCUCCUUCAGAGGGAGAAGAAGUAAUUUCUAACCUUGGCAGUCCAGCCGUCUCAGCUGCAAACGAUAUAUUUUGGGAGCAAUUCUUAAGUGAAGCUCCAUCAGGAGCGGAUCAUGAACUAGAUCAUGAUUUAGAUUUAGACCCUCGUGACAAAGAAACUGAUGGAGAUGAGAUUGUGGAAGAUUCAGUUGAAGUUUUAGCUGGAGAAGAUGUUGGAGAAGUGAAAAACUGGUGGAGCAAGAAGCCAAGUGUUGAACAGCUCUCUGUUCAAAUGGGGCAGCUUGCACCUGGAUAGGGAGUAAAGGUGCGGUGAUGCAGAGCGGGCAUGAUGUAUGAGGCAUGGGUAAAUAAAUGCGUUCCUUUUCCGCUCAAACUUCUCUAAGACAUUGCACCCUGGACAUCGCUAAGAUCUCAUCGUGCUUAAUUCGAGAUAGUCAGUAAUCAUGCACUUAAGUGGAUACUUAUGCUUAAGUCUCCAAGAUAUUACAUACUGGGAGGUGAUGGAUGAUCGCUAGGGGAUCUGAAAUACCUGGAUUUGUACGAAUCAGAGCCCUAGCUGAUGGUGAUCUUUUCGUGCUUAGCUGAUUGGUUUUAGGUAGCUCACCUAUCGCUUUGAGACGCUACAGUACCUCUACGUAAAUUUUUGUCACAAAAAUUUGAUAUCAAUGUAUGUGCGAUUUCAUACUUAAAACUCUACCAUAUCGUACACUAAUAUCAAGCGUCCCGUUCAGUUAGGAUUUGUGUACAGGCUCACGAGGGUAAUUACUAAGUCAAACGAUGAAGACCUGAUGUACCGGUAGAUAGUAGACAAUUGUUUCUAUGGCCUUGUAUCAACCUUUGUUUUUUACGUAAUGACUUGCACAAAAUGAAAGUUGUGAACUA